AUGAAGAGCAUUAUCAUCGCAAUCUUGAUUGCUCUCUUUGCUUGCACUUUUGUGUUUGCACAAGAUUCUGUUGUUGAUCUUACAUCAAAGAACUUUGAAGAAAAGUUACAAGAAAAGGAAUUUGCCUUGAUUGAAUUCUUUGCUCCAUGGUGUGGUCAUUGUAAGAAAUUGGUCCCUGAAUAUAAUAAGCUCGCUGAAAAGUUUGCUACCAAUGAAAAGGUUAACAUUUUCAAGGUUAAUGGUGACCAAGAAUCUGAUGUCAUGUCUAAGUUUGAAAUUCAAGGUUUCCCAACUAUCAAGUUGUUCAAGAAUGGUAAAUUCUUCAGAGAUUAUGAUGGUGAACGUACUGCUGAUGCUAUUGCUUCUUGGUUGCACAAGAAGACUGGUCCUGUCAGUAUUCCAAUUGAAUCUGCUGAAGCUUUGGAUCAAUUGAAGGCUUCCUCUAAGGUUAUUGUUGUUGGUUUCGUUUCAUCAAAGACUUCUGAAACCUACAAGAAGUUCCUCCAAGCUGCUGAUGAUAAGGAUUUGGAAGAAUUCAUUGUUGCUGAAGUUGUUGACAAUGCUGAAUUGAAUGCCAAAUUCGAUAUUAAGCAAGAUUCUGUUGUUGUUAUCAGAGAUUUUGAUGCUACUCCUGCUGUUUCUACUGAUUUCGAUGCUAUUGCCACUUUUGUCAAGGAUAAUGGUUAUCCAUUGGUUGAUGAAGUUAGUGGUGCUACUUUCCAAAGAUUUGUUGAUAAGGCUUUGCCAAUUGGUGUCCUUUUCAUUGAUUUCUCCAAUGCUGAAACUAAACAAAAGCACGUUGAAGAAUUGAACGAAAUUGCUCAAUCAUUCAAGGGUAAGGUUUCAUUGGGUUACUCUGAUGCUGCUGUUUAUGGUGGUCAAUUGGAAGUUAUGGGUGGUAAGAAGGAUGCCAUUCCAGGUUUCGCUGUCAUGGAUUUGGAAACUAGAUCAAACUAUCCACUCAAUAUUGAUACUGUUAAUAAGGAAGAAAUCAUUGCUUUCCUUACCAAGGUUUUGGCUGGUGAAGUUCCAAAGUUCUUGAGAUCUCAAGAAAUUCCAGAAGAAAACAAUGAAGCUGUUAAGGUUGUUGUCGGAAAGUCAUUUGAUGAUUUGGUUAUUAACAAUGAUAAUGAUGUUUUGCUCGAAUUCUAUGCUCCAUGGUGUGGUCACUGUAAGUCACUCGAACCAAAGUACACUCAAUUGGCUGAAGAAUUGAAGUCUGUCUCUGGUUUGGUUAUUGCCAAGAUUGAUGCUUCUGAAAAUGAUACUCCAAUCAACAUUGAAGGUUUCCCAACCAUUUACUUCUUCCCUAAGGGUGGUAAGGCUUCUCCAGUUUUGUAUGAAGGUGAUAGAACUGUUGAAAGCUUAAAGACUUUCUUACAAAAGAAUGCUGUUGGUGCUGUUUUCACUGAAAAGAAGGACGAAUUGUAAAUUUACAUUUUAAACCCAAUCUCUAAAUAAAUAUAUUUAUUCAU